AAAGUAUAUCAAGAGAGGACUUAGGAGCAAAACAUUUCCCUUUUGCAGAGAGUGAAAAGAAUUCAUGUCCACAUCCUCUCAAUCUUCUCUUAUCUCCUUAAUCCUCUCUCAACAAGAAUUAGUGACUAAAGACUAAAUUUUUUUUUUUUUGAAUAAUUUUUUAUAGGGAGAGAGAAGGAUGGAAUUUGAGGAUCAAGAAGAGCAUGAUGAGGAAGAAGAGAUGGAUUUGCCGGCGAGUUACGACUCGUUGGGAAAUUCAACCCGAGUCAAAAUGACGAGUUCAGGAGCUGAAACGGGUCACUCAACGAAACCCAGAUAUAGAGAGUGUUUGAAGAACCACGCGGUGGGGAUCGGUGGACAUGCGGUAGAUGGGUGUGGAGAGUUCAUGCCGGCCGGAGCUGAAGGAACACUAGAUGCGCUCAAAUGUGCAGCGUGUAACUGUCACAGAAACUUCCACCGGAAAGAAACUAAUGAAACAACAAACCCCGGUGGGGGUGGAGGUGGAGGAGGAGAACUGUUUUUUCACGGUCAUCCUCACCCUCAUCACCUUCAAGUCCCGCAAUUCACUCCAUAUUAUAGAACUCCGGCAGGUUACCUCCACGUAGCUCCGCCACAACAACGGCCACUAGCAUUGCCAUCGACAUCAGGAGGGCAAAGUAGGGAAGAUCAAGAAGAUGUGUCAAAUCCAAGUGGUGGUGGAUUUGGUAGCGGUGGUGGUUCUUCAAGAAAGAGGUUUAGAACAAAGUUUACGCAAGACCAGAAGGAAAGAAUGUUAUCACUAGCGGAAAGAUUGGGUUGGAGAAUUCAGAAACAUGAUGAAGCAGUGGUGCAGCAGUUCUGUAAUGAAACUGGAGUCAAAAGGCAUGUGCUUAAGGUUUGGAUGCAUAACAACAAGCACACUUUGGGUAAGAAACCCUAAAAAUGAAGACUUGGUGAGAAAUUUUUUUUCUCAUUUUCUUCUGGUAUCUAUCUUUAGGAUAUUUUUAGGUAGUUUCCUUUUUUUUCUCUCUCUCUCUUUUAAAUUUUAGGUUUUCUCUUCUUUUCUGUUAGUAUUUUCUUGGUGAUGGUGGUGGUGAGGGUGAUGAUGGUGGUGGUGGGUUUUUUAUGUUAUGUCAGUCAGGUGGGUUUUUAGAGUAGUACCCCAGAGAAGAUUAAUGUUGAUGAUGAUGAUGAUUAUGAUGAUGGCUAUUUUUCUUUUUUUUUUUUUUUAAU